AUGCAACGAGAUUUAUCUUGGAUCAGACCAGGCGUCACUGGAUACACAGAGGCUCAAUUCAUAGUGCUUGUACUAAGUGUUGUAGUAGUGGCCGUCGCACUGCUUUCAUACUUCGUGGUGGCACCAGAGUACGAAAAGUACUUGGGCAAACAGUACGCGGCGUUGAUGCACGCAUCCUCGGAGCGACAGCUUCAUAACCAACAGGCCAUAUCCGAUCGAAAUCCACCGCGCAAGCACAAGUCACUCGGUGCCUGGGACAUUGAAUCCGGCUCGAGCGACGACGACGGACUACAUCACUGCAAUGUGCAGCGGCGACACUCGCAAAUACGAUCCCCUCCUGCCAGUCUCUCUUCACCAAGGGACACGGUCAUCAUGGAGGCUCAGAUCGCACGCAAGGAACGCAACGCCCGUCGCCGUAAGAGCGAGAGCGAUGCGCUCAAACAAGCUACCGUCCAGCGAGCAGAUAUGCUGCGGCGUCGAGUGCUACUACGGAAGCUUGAAGAGGAGAUUGCUGGCACAGUAAAGGCAAACAAAGAAGCCCAGGCAGCUGCAACGUUAAAUUCCAGAAUGACAAACACGGUGAAUUACACGCUGGAUCUGAGCAAUGACCGACUCAAGAUGCUGCAGGAACAUCCAGCUGAUUGUGUCGAGGAGUUUGCAAUCCUUGCUCGAACAAAGGCAUCGACUAUAGCUUCACUUCUUGUGGACAAUACGGCAACGUUCAAAAGCAUGAUAGAGACCGUACCAGAUCUUCAUGAAGUAAAGCGGGCACUGAAAGUAUUGCACGAUGUCUUGAGCUUCUACUUGUCGGCGGAUCAUCGUGACAUGAACAAACUUACGGUUUUUUGCAAUUCAUUGCUGCAGCAUGAUGGUCUCAACCGUUUACGAGCGUUCGAGGCAUCUCGUGACAAAGACGUUCGAGUACUAUCCACCUCCAUCAUCGAGAAGGCUGUGCCUGCCAUUUGGCAUUAA